AUGAUGCGGCGACCCCCGAGCCAAGGACGAUGGUCCUCGUCGCAGCAGAAACUCCUCCUGGCUUUUGCCUUCAUCCUCUUACCGUGGCUCCAACUCGCCGAUGCUCAGCAGCAGCCUCAGCAGCCCCAGAUCCGAAUUCACUCACAGAGAGGCGACGCGCCCCUUGACAAACUAUCCGAUGACGCCAACAACCGUUGGUACGCAGCACAAGCCGCACCAGACGUGCACACCGAGGCAAGGUUCGACACCAUCAACAAGAAGCAAAAGCAGCAGCAGCAGCAGUCGACCGCUUCGCCCCAGCAACAGCAGAAAUAUCGACGAGCCCCCUAUGACUACGCCAGCAGGGACAAGGCCCAGAAUCGAUAUCCGCAGCACCCUAUCCGCGAAUCCGAAAACCUAAACUACGUAAAAGUCCCUAACGAUGCGAGCGCCCUCGCAACUUUAGCUCCGGCUCAGCCCGUCCGAGCACCACACACCUCACGACAUCACUGGCCUAGUAGCAGCGCCGCUUCUGGGCUGGCAUCGCCGCAGAAUGCGCGGAGUCUGGAGGACUGGGAAGUUGAAGACUUUGUUCUUCUGGCGACCGUCGAUGGAGACCUCUAUGCCAGCGACCGAAAGACCGGUCGGCACCUCUGGCACCUCGAGGUCGACCAGCCAGUGGUUGAAACCAAGCACUAUCGAACAAACAACUCCGUUCUCGACGACGACUAUCGCCCCGUCGACCACUACAUCUGGGCCGUCGAGCCAAGCCGCGAUGGAGGGCUCUACGUAUGGAUCCCCGAUUCCGGCGCGGGCCUCGUCAGGACUGGCUUUACCAUGAAGCACCUCGUCGAAGAACUUGCUCCAUACGCCGGCGACGAGCCGCCCGUCGUCUAUACCGGAGACAAGAAGACGACCAUGGUCACCCUGGACGCCGCUACCGGGCGCGUCCUCAAAUGGUUUGGCUCCAGCGGCUCGCAAAUCAACGAAGCCGAGAGCUGCCUCCGGCCCAACGCCUUUGACGACAGGGACACCACAGAGUGCAGUUCCAUGGGCACAAUCACGCUGGGGAGGACCGAGUACACGGUGGGCAUCCAGAGGCGAGACGGUCGCCCCAUCGCAACCUUGAAGUACGCAGAAUGGGGACCCAACACCUUUGACAGCGACCUCUACCAGCAAUACCAUGCCUCGUUGGACAAUCACUAUAUCACCAGUCAGCACGACGGUAGAAUCUACGCGUUUGACAAAUCUCAGGCAGAGAACGACCUACCCCUCUAUACCCACAAGUUCUCGUCUCCCGUCGCCCGGGUCUUCGAUGUCUGUCGACCGUGGGAUGCGAAUGCGGGAAGCAACCCGGAGCUGGUAGUUCUACCCCAGCCUCCGAUUCCAGCGCAUGAUGAGAGCACCGUCAAGAUUCGGAGCAACAGCAUCUUCCUCAACCAGACUGAAAGCGGUGACUGGUAUGCGCUGUCUGGCCGUGCAUAUCCGCUCAUUCUCGAUGCCCCCGUGGCCCAGAUCUCGCGAGACGACUGGUGGGAUAUGGCCCAUGCGUUUGAUUCCAUCAACCCUAACAAACUCUCCAAGGCCCUGGUGGGCACCCACUUUCUGGAUCCCGUCAGGAGCACCGGCUACCACCAGCCGCCAACGCUUCCUGCUGGUGCCCUGGACGAGUACUAUGAAGACUUGGAGAACGCCUCGAACAACGCUCAUGCCGUGACCAACACCGUUCCGGAAGAGCCCACCAUUAUCACUAAAGUCAAGGCUCUUCCGCAGAGUGCAGCCAACAGCGUCAUUGACUUUGUCAGCAACCCCAUCCUCAUCAUUUUCCUGAUAGGCUCCCUGAUAUACAACGAAAAGAAGCUGCGACGCUCGUAUCACCGCUUCCGAACUCAUGGCACGAUCAAGGAUGUCUAUCCCUUCUUUGUCAUCGAAUCUGAAGCCGGAGACGAAUCUGGUGAUGACAAGGACGGAGUGUACUCAUCUUCGCCGUCUCCACGCACUCAACCCCAAGACCAAAAGGUGGACGACCACCUCCCUAAACCCAAGGUAGACAGAUCUGUUGGCGAGCAGGACAAGGAGAAAGACAAGGACAACAGGGACUUGCAAGACCUUCCCGACUCUUUGGAAUCGAGCAACAAGACGGCUGAAAAGGCGGAUGUAGCCGGCCCUGACACACCGUCAACAGAUGCUUCCAAUGGUGCCGCACCCGAGAAGAAGAAGAAGGCUCACCGAGGCCGUCGUGGUGGUGUCAAGCACAGAAAGGGUCGGCCCACCGAAGGAUCCCAAUCUCACGAAAACGACCCGGCUCUCACUACAGUGGACGAGGCUGUCAGCAAUGCGAAGAAGCUUGGUGACCGGCCCAGCUUGGAACCAGAUGUUAUGACCAUCUACAACGACAUGCAAGCCGUCACAGGUUCUGUCAUUAGCAUGGGCAACAUCGAGGUCGAUACAGAUGUGGAGCUUGGCAUGGGCAGCAAUGGUACCGUCGUGUUUGCCGGCAGAUUCGAUGGCAGAGACGUUGCCGUCAAGAGAAUGACGAUCCAGUUCUACGACAUUGCCACACGAGAGACCAAGUUGCUUCGCGAGAGUGACGAUCACCCCAAUGUCAUUCGAUAUUACUCACAGGUACAGCGUGGCGACUUCCUGUACAUUGCCUUGGAACGCUGUGCUGCAUCAUUGGCCGAUGUCAUCGAGAAGCCGUAUGCCUUUAGUGAACUGGCUAAGGCUGGGCAAAAGGACCUGCCUGGCGUAUUGUACCAGAUCACCAACGGCAUCAGCCACUUACACUCUCUGCGCAUUGUCCAUCGAGACUUGAAGCCUCAGAACAUUCUGGUCAACUUGGACAAGGACGGCAGACCAAGACUCUUGGUGUCGGACUUUGGCCUGUGUAAGAAACUGGAGGAUAGACAGUCUUCAUUUGGAGCAACGACAGGUCGAGCAGCUGGAACGUCGGGAUGGCGUGCACCCGAACUGCUUCUCGAUGACGACGGACAGAAUCCCGCGGCCAUCGAUAGUAGCACGCACAGCGGAUCUCACACCAUCCUCGUGGGAGACCCGAACUCGCUGUCUAACGGAGGGCGAGCUACGAGGGCCAUUGACAUCUUCUCCCUUGGACUCGUCUUCUUCUACGUGCUCACCAACGGAUCCCACCCCUUUGACUGCGGCGACAGAUACAUGCGGGAGGUGAACAUUCGAAAGGGCAACUACAAUCUCGAUCCAUUGGACGCUCUGGGCGACUUUGCCUACGAAGCCAAGGAUCUAAUUGCGUCCAUGCUCCAGGCGGCUCCCAAGUCAAGGCCCGACUCGCGAGAGGUCAUGGCCCACCCUUUCUUCUGGUCUCCAAAGAAGCGUCUGGCCUUUUUGUGCGACGUGUCGGAUUCUCUGGAGAAGGAAGUGCGAGACCCUCCUUCGCCUGCUUUGGUCGAGCUCGAGCGACAUGCGCCGGAUGUCAUUAAGGGAGACUUCUUGAAGGUGCUCACGCGCGACUUUGUCGAGUCGCUGGGCAAGCAACGCAAGUACACCGGGAACAAGCUGCUUGAUCUGCUGCGCGCUCUUCGCAACAAGCGUAACCACUACGAGGAUAUGUCGGACUCGCUGAAGCGCAGCGUGGGCUCACUGCCCGAUGGGUAUCUCGCCUAUUGGACGGUCAAGUUCCCGAUGCUGUUGCUGACGUGCUGGAACGUGGUGUAUAACCUCGAGUGGGAGAAGACGGAUCGGUUCAGGGAGUACUAUGAACCUGCGGGGUUGUGA